AUGGCCAUAAGGUCCUUGGUCACUCAACUUUGCACCACCGUCCCAGAUGCUAACUCAUCAACGGCACUGGCGCCCUCACAGGUAAACUUCAUAAAUCGAGCUCUCCUUCAGAUAUUUAUACACCUGACCACCUCUCGAGGCCAACCGACGAGAGCGCAAAAUCGUGACGACUUGCUCUGGAUGAAAGAAGCCCCAAUGAGCUUGUUAUCACUUCCCGUCGAGCUCGUGGAACACAUUGCGGAUCACCUUCAAGGGCAAAUCUGGCCUCCGGUGGACAGUGCCAUCACCGAUUGGAGCAGUUACCCUUCGUUGUCAGCUCAGCGAGACUUGUGCGCGCUCUCCCUGGUAUGUCGAGCUCUGAACAGGAUCGCAAGACCCCGGCUUCUGAGGAAUGUUAUGCACGAUUUCAAAAGCCGGUCCAUCUGUGAAGCGAGGUUUGAUCCGCAUCGAUAUCGAUGGCUAUCUCCUCAAAGCUUCCCCUCGCAGUCAACUCCUCAGUGGAUCCGGGUUCUCUAUCUGCACGACUUGUUCCGCGAUCUCGAUCCGGCGAUAGAGACGAAAAACAUGGCGGAGCUCUUGCAAAGCCUUUCUGGAGUAGAAGUAUUAGUGGCCACGGGCUUUUGCGCAUCGGUACUACUCCAUACUCUCAGCACAUUUCCGCUAGGCGAGAUGGGCUCGUUGAAGGUCUUCAAGAUAUACAGCUAUUCGAUGACUGUCAAGUCAAUACUGGCUGCGUUUCGCAUAUUUCCUAACCUCACCAGUCUAACAAUAGAUGUUGUCAACAUUGAAGGCACCGGAACGAUCCCAUACCAUGCUUUACCUGCAAGACCUUCCACGAUUACCCAACUCGAUCUUUGCGCUCGUUUAUAUGCACCAGAAGAAUAUGAUUCCUUGUGUGACGUUUUAAGGCAUAUAGUCCCGACUCUCAAAGUGGUACACAUUCAUGGUGAAUAUUCAGAAGAAUUGCAUCAAGUCGUAUCAACCUUAAAGCUAUCGCCUGUUGAAAGUCUACUCUUGAAUUUCAGAAACAAGUUCCCAGAAAGCUUGCUAUCGAUAAGACUUCCAACUCUCAAGACUCUAUCUAUCUCGACCUACGGCUACACAAGCCCUCACCUAUGGGAAUCCAAGCUGGCCGAAUCAAUUUCCAGAUUGAUAGUCCGAUCUAGUGGAUAUCCCGUCGACAUCAAUCGACUGGACUGCACAUUCCAGAUACCCAAUUUGAAAGUUCUUCAGCUCCAAUCACUUUGUAAAAUCCGUAAUCAAGAGGAAGAAAGAAGAUGGAACACACGGCUCGGAGAAUGGUGCUCGAGGAGGGGAGUCUUAUUUGUAAAUCAGAAUCCAGACAGUAAUAUCAUCACACCACAGGAUGAUUAUAGGUAUCUUGAACUGCAGGAAGAAGACUAG